UAGGCUACUACUUUAGUAAGUAGAGGUUGAUUUUCUUUAACCCUUUAUGGCCUCAAGAAGCAAGUCAAGAAGACCAUAAACGGCACUCAUCCCCAAGCACUUAUUCACCAAAGGCUACAUCCCAUUAAGUGCCGUUACGACAUGCAUGUUUAAUGCUGGAAUUUGCAGCGUCCCAGGUGCAACCUUUAGACCCCCCCGGACACCCCUGAGCUUCUCUUGGCCUGAUGGAUUCGGAGGUGGUUGUGCAGGAGGACAUGGAGGGCUCGUGGAUGUUGCUGUCGUGGAUGGCGUCCUGCCUCAUGGUGUUCGGGGGGGCCCUGCCCUACGUGCCACAGUACCAGGACAUCCAGAGGAGCGGCAGCAGCGAGGGCUUCUCCACCCGAGUGUGCCUGGUGCUGCUCAUAGCCAACAUCCUGCGCAUCUUCUUCUGGAUAGGGAAGCAGUUUGAGCUCACCCUGCUGCUCCAGAGUGUGAUGAUGAUCCUCACCAUGUUCGCCAUGCUCCACCUCUGCUGCACGGUCCAAAACACCAACCGAGUGAGCACCAGGCAACACCGACUUUCAGAAUUGGAUUUCCGCUACUUCUGGAAGUGGAGCGCAUUCGAGGACUACCUGCUGUUCUGCUUCGGCUUCACCGUGCUGUGUGCGGUGGUCACUCUGCUGCUGCUGGACUCUGCUGUGUUUGUGGAGGCGCUGGGCUCCCUGGCCGUCAUGUUUGAGGCCAUGCUGGGCUUCCCGCAGUUGCUGCAAAACUUCCACAACUGCUCCACCAAAGGCAUGAGUGUGAAGAUGGUGCUGCUGUGGACGGCCGGAGACAUCUUCAAGACCACCUACUUUGUGAUGAACGAAAGCCCGGCUCAGUUCUGGGUUUGCGGUUCAGUCCAGAUCCUAAUCGAUGUGGCCAUCCUGCUGCAAGUCCUUUUCUACAGCCAAGACACACGGGUCAAGUUAGGUUGACCGUGGCUGUUGCUUUGGGCGGUGUCUACGUUUUAACGAGUCUGAUCAUGCAAGGCUUUUUAAUAAAAUCAACUGCAAAGUUGAUGGAAUAUCAUGAAAGACAUUUAGCAUCAAGGAAACAGAGAAAACCAAAGUCAACAUAGAUUAAGUUGUCUUUUUUUUUUUGUGUUCGCCCUUUUUUCAAAGUAUUCUGCAUAUGGGUAUCAUGCGGGCCCAAACAAUGUACCUUCAAGUGCAAUUAAGCAAAUAGUUGUAGCCUUGAACAAACUACUAAGCAUUUUCAGUCAAGCACUUAUAGCCACACUUUUGGCUUUACAUUGUUAUUAAGAUAAGGCAGCAGUUUGGUGAAUUUUUAGCAUUUUAUACUAUUUAUUUGUUCUCUGUUGAACAUGACCUGCAUCCUGAAAGUGCAGUGGACAUGGAAACUGUGAGAGGGAAACAUCACUCACAUUGGCAGCUCACUAACAGCGGUUCUGUGCUGCUGUACUGGCAGCUGUAGCAACUACUGCCUGACUGAUGAGUCUCCCACUUCACACUCCACACCUCACUGGACUCUUUGAUGCAUGUACAUUGUGUGUGUGCGUGUGUGUUUGGGUGUGGCAUGCAGCCAAAAUACAUUUUUGCCGUUGGCCUCCAGCACUUAGCAAAGCCGACAGUGCGUACACCAAGUAAUGGUAACUACAUAGGACAUCAAUCUUUGUGUUAUGACUCUGCUUUGUGGCUUAAUUGCCAAGCGAUACAGGUCUACCACAAAGUAUGUGAAAGACAACGAAAAGUGCUGCGAUGCUUUGCACUGUACCUCAGUCACAGAAUUGUUUGUAGACACCAAAGGACACAAUAUUACUGAACUUUGUGGCAUUUUCAGCACAUAAGUCCUCGUCCCAUUACUGCUGAUUUUGUGAUGUCUCUUUGUUUUUUUUCAAAAUGCACUCUUGUUCUUUGAGACAGUAACAGGGAAAGAAUUACUCAUAAGCAUUGUGGAUAAGUAUCUGUUAAAUCAACAUGAUCAGCAUGAAUAUAAAUUUAUUUAUGCUGGAUCUUUCAUUGAUACACACCCAUCGCCCACUUUUUGACUCCUAAGCAUCAAAUACUUACAGUAUAUAAAAUGUAACCAGGUCAGAAUUGGUUUAGUCCUGAAGAAAUGUACCUUAAGGGACUGUAUAAAGAGGACGUUGUAACUUAAGUAUAACUAUAUAUAGUAUUUCCCAUCAUAUAACCUACAUAAUACCUGAGGAUAUAUAGUUAUUUAUGUAAUUAUUAACUAUAUCCAGGGAUGGCUAAAAAUAUAUAUAUAAAUCCAGUGUGAAAAGAAUUAAUGAAAGAGCACUUCCUACCCUGCCUUUAGCUAAAAGUUUUCAUACAGUCCUAUAAAAUGAGAGUAUUUAUUUUCCCUUUCUUACAGAGGACAGAAACAUUAAAACCUGAUUUAUCCAUUCCAACCAUCCAAAAUUCAAAAAUGUCCAUUUCUGUUUAUAAUCAAAACACUAAUUAAAAAAGAUAGCCUCUCAAGGCGAGCUGUGGUUCUUUCACCAAAAGCACCGCAGGAUGAAACAGAUCAGUAGCAGCAGCUGAUUUGUAGUCAGCGCAGGUUUCUUUUUACUUCCCCCAUAGGCAUGAUGUAAUUAGGUAGCAAAACUACUCUACCUGCUUAUUAAAACUUCCGGUCACCUUUACAACUUAGCAGCCAGUUUUUGCCCGUCUGGCUCUGUGUUUGUAGUUUCUCCUCAGUAAACAUCCUGUUGAAGUUACCCACUGCAUCAUGCAGACAGCCUCUUCCUGGAUCCAGCAUGCCUCAGCCAUAGGAUAACAUUUCUAAAGGUAGCAGAAUUGCAUCUCAGUGGAAUUUAGUAUUAUUCUCAGUGUCAGCAUGUAAAAUAUAGGUAAAAAUUUUGGGUUACGCUUUACUUGAAGGUAUCUACAUAAGAGUAGCGUGACACUGUCAUGAACGUGUCAUAAACAUUAUAAACAAGUCAUAAACGUUUAUGACAUAACGUUACUGUCAUUAAGUGUCUUUCGGUUUUUUUCAUGACAAGGUUAUGGUUAGGGUUAGAGUUAGGGUUAGGGUUAGGGUUAGGGUUAGGGUUCAUGUGUCAAUGUCAAGGUCACGUUUUAACUCCGUUUGCACUAGUUCGACACUUUCGGAAUUGCUGACUUUUGUUAGCGUAGAAAUCUAGAUGCACCCUAGCGACAGCAAAUUUAAUUUGCAGCCAGGGAGGUCUAGGCACUCUCCAUUGGCUUGCGAGCUGGAAAAACCAAACUCUGGUCAGGUCAAUCACAUCGGUGGGCGGGCUUAUGGCUGCUGCUGCUGGGAACAGCGGUCUUCUGGAAGACUUAGAAUUAAGCUUUUCUUUGGGAAAAGAACAAACAGCGGCACUGAAGUCAUUCUUAUAAAAGUAAGGUUUGUGUGGGAGUUCUGCCGACCGGAUACGGCAAAAGUUUAAUCUAUCAACUUCCCUUUCUGCGUGCAGAGGGAAUUUGAAAGACAACCGUUGAUCCCGCCCCUUGGAUUGAGCCCUGCCAAUGGUGAGUUCCCAGACCCAACAUCUUGUUGUGGGUCUGGCUUGUCAGGCUAGACUUGUUUGGCUUUCUUGCAGAAAGUUAGAUCAGAAGAUCAAUACCACUUUCAUGUCUGUAGCCAGCAGUCAGUUAGCUUAGCUUAGCAUAAGGUCUGGAAAUGGGUAAAUAGCAAGCCUGGCUCUGUGUAAAGCUUUAGCUUCAGAGGUGCAGGUUGGUAGGUUUUGUUAGCUUUAUCCAGAGCCAGGCUAGCUGUUACCACAAGUUUCCAGUCUUUAUGCUAAGCUAACUGUCAGACACAAGAGUGUUAUUGAUCUUCCCAUCUAACGAGGAAUAACGAAUAAAUGUAUGUUCCCAAAAUUAUUGUUUUUAGGUUACUCACUUCAUCUAAAGUGUUAUUACCAAUCAUUGUAAGGCAUUAUAAGGUUUCAGGCCAAUAGAGAAACUAAUACAAUCUCAAAGGAAAAGCACUUCAUUCUGUUUUUUUUAAUAGAUCUCAUAAUUAAUAGAUAUCAAUUUAUGCCAUAUAUGUGUAUGUAUGAAAAUAACAAACCUUACUCAGAGGGAAUGUUGGAAUGUUUUGGGAUUAUGUGUUUGAUGGAUGCACCUCACUGUGCCACAUUAUGUAGGAGUCUUUGCAUUCAUAAGUGUAUUUCUGCUGGUGCUGUAACAUCUCAAAUAUUUUUGGGAUCGGUCAAAAUUACAUUUAUAGAAGUGUCCAGGUUGCUGAUCGACUUUUCUGAUAUGCGUCACCGACUGCGAGCUUUAUUGUUCUGUGACCUUCUGUGUUGUCAUUCACGCCGUGUGGAUAUGCAUGCCAGUUAUCUGACAUUACAUCUGGAAACCACUGUACUGGAAGAUGCAUGUGUCUUAUCUCCUGCAUAACACAGUUGUUUUGAAAUUGCAUUAUUUCUGUAUUCUAUAUGGUCUUAUCACCAGAUGUGUAUCUUUUUAUUGUCUCUCUCGGUAGACAAACAGCACCCUCACUGGAUUUAGUUUAACAUAUGUGCUGUAUAUCCCUGUAGCGUUUUCUUUUCAAGGGCAAUAGCACAGAUUAACACACACACUGCCCGGUUGUGAUAAUCGCUCCACCAAAUUCACAUUAUGGUAAACAUACUUACCUAAGAAAUAGAUUGCUUGUCAUUUCUGAGGAGGGAGAGACUGUUACUUCUAACAGAUGCAAGAUAUAUAUUCCCUGUAGCAUAUAAACAAUUUAUUAAUUAUCAGUUAUGACAAAAACAGAGUCCAUGAAAACAUUUGUGUGACUUUUAGUUUGAUGUUUCUUCGUGUAAUGUAUUUACAGGAUCUGUGAAACCAAAACUACAACCAAAAAGUAAGUGUUGCCUUUUCAAGUAUUUUAAAGGUCCAGUGUGUAAUGUGUUUAGUUGUUCAUUAUCAAAAUCGGUGUUGCCCGUUCAAAAAACUUCUCCUUUUUCAUGAAUAUUUACCUCCACCAUCAAUUAUUAAGUAUUCCAUUUGGCUUGAAAUUUUACAUUUGCAUUCGCAUGAACUGGG